GCGGCGAGUGUGACAUCAAUCACGUGCCGUGACGUCCCGCGAAUGCACUGGCAGCUGAGCGCGCGCGAUUCAGCUCUUUGUCCUCUGCUCGCUCAUCUUCUACUUUCGCCAUCGAGUUAAUUCUACUACACAUUCUCUGCUGCGGAAGGGACAUACGACACUGGAAAGAGGAGUUUGGACCGAGAGCAGACUAGACACCAACGAUCGUCACGGUCCUAGCGCUUUGAGUGGGACGCUGAGGCCGAGGGAUGUUCCGCAGAUGACUGCGAAUCAGAGCCGCGUAAUGGAACUGGAAGAAAAGAUCAGGAAAUUCGGUUACGUCAACGAUGAUCUUCGCAGCCAACUUUUCACGGUAUCCCAGCGACCCAACCAUCUCGCGGAAAGCAUGGGGUUCAGCACUGCUGAGGAACUACAAGCUGCCAUUGCCCGACGACCGCACGCAUUCAACAAGAAAUCGAUAGAGGAGGCGGGUCGUAUCAUUGAUGAGCUCGAGGCACGGGUUGUCGACCACAUCCGUAUCGAGAAGGCCGCUCAAGAAGGACUGGCGGAUGCUGCACAGGAGAUUGAUCGAAUGACCGGGGAGAACUCCCGGCUACUUCGGCAUCUGGAGGAGGUGAUUCAGGAGAAGGACGAACUGGCGAAACACGUGGAGGAGCUCGAACGCGAGUCGGGGAGACGACAUCCACAAGGUGUGUAUAACACAGGACUUCCGACUCCGGCAACUACUACAAAGAAGCGCACACUGCCCUCCGCGGACGCCACUCCACACAAUGCAGCGAGCUCGACGCCGCACAGGCCUGAAGCGGCGCCCGGGAUGCUCACGGUGACGCCUGCUACGCCGAGUCUGCCCCCUCUCACGCUCUCCGCCGACACCCAGACAGACACGACGAUCCUCCGCGCAGAACUACGCGCUCUACACGCACAGUACGAGGCCCUGCGCCUGGUGAAGGACCGCGCGGAGAAUAAGUACCGUGAGGACUAUCUGAAGUGGCGCGGCUUCAAGCGGUGGAUGUUCGACGAGAGCAAGGCGACACUCUCGGACGUCAUGGUCGACGGUCGCACGCCGAACCUCAAGCACGUCGUGAAGGUCCGGAAGCGAUACAUGAAGACGGGUCCGCAGACGGACUCGCCUGGGCUCGGGACGGAGGACGCGCGGGCGGAGGAAGUGCGUGAGGCGGUGAAGAACAACGCGGAAGUAAGGGAGAUGGUCGCGGCGCUGCCUGAUGAGUUUGAGCAGGGGAUGUCGACGGCACCGCAGAGCUCGCUUACGGCGCGGUUGUUGGAGGCGAGGCGUCCACAUCCACCAGAUACUCCGCCUGUGCAAGAUUUGUCAGUGUCGCCGAAGCGAGGCGGAGGCGAGUCUGUUGCGUCCACCUCCGUUUCGCAAGGAAAGAAACGGGCUAUUGAAGAGACGACGGAAACCAUCGUGUCCGCCGCUGUUAGCUCUCCGCUGACACCUCGGAGGAAACGACAAAGGUACGACGACUCGUCAGAGACCGAAGAGGAAUCUCAGGGUGAGUAUCAUGUACACACCAUCCAUCUCCAUCCGCUUACUAUUAUCAAUGCCUAGCGCUUCCACCGGUGCUGGGUACGCAGCCCGGGGUACACCGUCUUGUGCCCAUGCCGGAUGGAACGUACGUCCGCCGGGGUUACGGACCGUACCCAACAGACGCAGCACAGAACACGAGCGCUGCUGUCCCUCAGUCACCGGCCACCCCACGUAAGCCCA